AUGCCACACGGUUCCAUUAGAACAGACGUACACGUACCUUCUUAUGGUACCUCUCAGAUGACAUUUAUCACUUGCAUUGGGAAAAAGUUUGGGAGAUUUUAUGUGGUGUGGGAGAUUAGGCGGCUGAUAGAUCAAUAUAUAGGUGGUCCUUGGAUAAGCUUCGAAGAAAUCCCCAAAGAAGUGAUCGAACAAAUUUGGGUGAAAUUCAAGACACUUUAUGAUUGGGAUAAAAGACAGGAUGAGAAAAUCAAGACAAACUUUAAGUUUGUCAUUCAAGAGGAGCUAUACAGAGACAUCAGGAGUACGUAUAGGGAAAGAUCAACAAAGAUGGCCAUAGCUGUCGGACAUGAUAUGUAA